AAAAAGAGUCUCGAAAAAUGAGCAGAACGAAAUGUAUCGAACGGUUUUGGCUAGCCCCGUAAGGAUACCAUGUUGAAGGUGGUCAAGAAGCUUGUCCAACUGUUGCGACCAAGAAUGUGUCAGCUUGCGCAGCCCAAUAAAAACAUAUCCAAGCAUUUGUUCGAGAAAGCCAGGGCGGAGGAGAACAUUCACUUCCUUAAACUGCAAAGAGAACAGCUGAAGACGCUGCGAGCGAAAAUUCUCAGCCAGAAGAACGAAGUCACAACGAAGAUCAUCAAGGUGGAUAAGCAGAUACAAUCGUUGGAAAAGAAGGAUACGCAGGGAUGAACAAAAUUAGUGAAGUGUGGCAGAAAACAUAACCACCUGCAAAGCCUUCUACGACAACUGAAGCCCAGUGCGCGGCCUUUUUG